AUGAUGAUUAAUGGGAUGAAUGACCGGUUAAUAAUUUGACCAAGUUUGUUGUUGAUUCGUCAUUGAGAAUGGCUCUCUCAAUUUAAUAUAAAUAUCUAGGCUAUAUACUAGAAACUUACGGCUAUAAUAAAACGCGAAUGCAAUGAGACUUUCUCUCUCUUGUAUAGAACAAACUAUAUACUUGUAACUCGCAUUUCUAACAACUACUACACCUUCUGUUGUCAGUUGCAUUUCAGCCUCCGUGCAAGAAUCAGUAUUCUAUUUAUCUUCUCUGCAUAAAAUUUUAUUAUUAAAUAUUUAAGUAUCUAGUAUACAUCUGGAUAUAAUGGAUUGCUUGACAACAACUGCAAGAUUAGCAAUGGAAGAGGGAAAUGAUGAAACAAGAGCUUUAAAACAUCGUAAUGUUAGAAGAAAAUUAUUUGUUGAUGAUGAAGAAUCAUCAAGUGGUAAUAAUCAACGUGGUGCCAUUGAUAACGAGGCCAAUUAUUUUGUCGAAAAUGCCAAAGAAAAUUUAGAAAAAGCAAAAGAAAGAUGGAAUUUUGAUUUUGAAAAAGAGGAACCACUACCUGGUCGUUAUGAAUGGAUAAAGGGUGAUGAAGAAUUUUCAAACCAAGAUAUUACAAAAGAUGAAAAGAAGAAAAAUAAUAUUGAAGCUAAAAACAAUACCGAAAAAAGCUAAUAAAUUAAAUAUUUAUAUAUUAAAUGAGGCCCUAUAUUUAUAAGAUAAACAAAAAAUUAUUUUAAUUGAGCCAAGAUAGUAUUUGAUAAUCAUCAAAAAGACUCAAAAAAAAAAUUUGAUAUUAAUUUUUUAUACACGACAAACGAAAAGCAAUGACGAUAUUUUAAAAAACAAAAAUUUUAAAUU